GUCAUUAGCAGUAGGUGGAGUCAGAGCCUGGUUCUCAUACCUCACUUUUAACACAAAGGCAGCAGUGCUCUCUGAACACCCCCCAAAACAACGGUUUUUGUGUGAAAAGUUGUAAUGGGGUUCAGGGAAGCUGUUUUGUUAGGGUUACUCGUCAUAGGUGGGAACUUCUGCUCCGCUACGCAAAGCCGGUUUAACUUCACCACCGACGAGACUCAAAUCCCACAAGAGCCAACGACAACAAGCUCGCAGCAGCUGAGAUCAACGCAGACGUCGGAUCCGUCGAACCAGAUGGAGGAAGAGGAUCUGGUCCUCUCUCCCGUCACCUACCAGCUCAGGAGUUACCAGCUCAGGAAUCCAGCUGUGCGGACAUUUCAAAACCAGCUCGUACCGCUGAAGCUGAACCCAGAGGAAAAAGUUGAAGCUCGGAAGAAAGCCAAGGUUCAAGGUCCAGAUCUGAACCCACCCGUAAAGAUGAAAUCAAAGGUGGUGGGGAAGUUUGAACAGCACGUGCCCGUGCCGGCUGACAGUGUGUCGGUGCACUGUGGCGAGGGAAAGGUCACCGUACAGGUCAAGAUGAACUUCCUAGGAAACAGGCAGCUGAUCCGUCCGAGCGAUCUGAAGUUGGGGGAAUGCUCUGCGGCGCAUGCCGACGGCCGCAUCCUGCAGUUUGAGUCGGAGCCACAGGGCUGCGGCAGCACCCCGACGAUGACCGCAGAGGUGCUCGUCUACGCGUUUUCUCUGGUGUACUCGCCCACACCCAUUAGCAGCACCUUCAUUUUGAAGACGAACCCUGCUGAGGUGGUAAUUCAGUGCCAAUAUCAAAGGAGGCAUUACGUGAGCAGCGCAGCCAUGAGGCCCACCUGGAAGCCGCUCGCCUCCGUAGUGCAAGCCGAGCAGCGGCUCCACUUCUCCCUGCGCCUCAUGGAAGAGGACUGGCAGUCGCAGAGGCCUUCCAGUGUUUACUUCCUGAGUGACGUGAUGCACGUGGAGGCGUCGGUCCUCCUGGGCCACCAUGUUCCUCUGAGGGUCUACGUGGACAGCUGCGUGGCGACGGUCGACCCCGAUCCCAACUCUCAGCCCAGCUACGCCUUCAUCACCAACCACGGGUGUUUAACCGAUGCUAAGCUGACAGGAGCCAAGUCUUAUUUCAUGCAGAGGAGCCGGGAGGAUAAACUUCACCUCCAGCUGAAAGCCUUCAGGUUCCACCAGGAUGACAGGAAUUCAAUUUACAUCACAUGUCACCUGAAAGCAACAACCGUCUCCGUCCCCGUCGACUCGCAACACAAAGCCUGUUCAUUCUUGAACGAAGCCAAAAGAUGGGUGGCAUCAGGUGGAGACAAUGAGGUGUGUAGCUGCUGUGAGACCAGCUGUAGCGAGCAGAGAUGGAGACGGAGCCUCGCAGCAGAUGCUGUUUUCCCCUCCACUUGCACCGCUUGUCUUCCUUCAGCCCUGGAGUGGGAGGAGACGGUCGCUCUGGGCCCCAUCCUGCUGAUGGAGAACAUCCUGGAAGAGGAGCUCACGGAGCUUCCUCCAGUUCCUCUAAUCCAGACAGACGGUUUGGCUCAAACUGCCUUGCAUUUGUCGAUGGCCGUGCUGUGUGGAGUGGGUGCGGCCCUGGCUGUGCUGUAUUUAGUCUUCACAGGUGCCAUUAUGUGCAGCAGAUUUCACAAGGCGACCAGAUACUCCGUCUCCACCUGAUUUAAAGACAAUAAAACACUCACAACCGA